AGAGAUAGAGAGAGAGAGUGCUGAGAAGAAGACGACGACUACUUCACUCACAGUCCACUCUGCACCACCACCAACUACACACUUCACUUAACAUUAUCUCAACCAAAUUCUAUUCUGUUCUCUAAUUUCCCGAUUCUUCCAAUUUGAAAUUCAAUAAUUAAGAAUAAACACUCGCACUGUUAGGGUUCUUUCUUCACUUCCUGUGAGCUGAGAUAAAGAGAGAGAACUCAACAAGAAGAGGAGGAGGAAAUGGUAGUAGGAAUGGAAGGAGCUGCAGAGAUCGUGAAGGCGCGUACGGACAAGAGGGAUUACAGAAGGAUCAUCCUUCCCAACUCCCUUCAGGUCCUUCUCAUCUCCGAUCCCGACACCGACAAGUGUGCUGCUUCCAUGGACGUUGGAGUAGGUUCCUUCAGCGACCCUGCUGGCCUCGAAGGCCUUGCCCAUUUCCUAGAGCACAUGCUGUUUUAUGCCAGUGAAAAGUAUCCGGUGGAAGAUAGCUACUCCAAGUAUAUCACUGAGCAUGGAGGAAACACAAAUGCAUUUACAUCUGCUGAGCAUACCAACUAUUAUUUUGAUGUUAACACAGAUGGGUUUGAAGAGGCCCUGGACAGAUUUUCCCAGUUCUUUACUAAACCAUUGAUGUCUCCUGAUGCUACCACAAGGGAAAUUAAAGCUGUUGACUCUGAAAACCAGAAGAAUUUACUAUCUGAUCCAUGGAGAAUGAACCAGCUUCAGAAACAUCUCAGUUCUGAAGAUCAUCCUUAUCACAAAUUUAGUACAGGUAACUGGGACACUUUGGAAGUUAAACCGAAAGAAAAAGGAUUAGACACAAGGAAUGAGCUUCUCAAAUUCUAUGACCACCACUAUUCUGCCAAUAUAAUGUGUCUAGUUGUAUAUACUAAUGAAAGCCUUGAUAAAAUUCAAAACAUUGUGGAAGUAAAGUUCCAGAAUAUUAGAAACACCAACAGAAGUUCUUUCCACCCUCCUGGUCAGCCAUGUAAAUCAGAGCAUUUGCAGAUUCUUGUCAAGACUGUCCCAAUAAAGCAAGGUCAUAAAUUGAAAAUUUUAUGGCCGGUGACCCCUGAGAUUCGUCACUACAAUGAGGGUCCAUGCAGGUAUCUUGGUCAUCUUAUUGGCCACGAAGGAGAAGGGUCUUUAUAUUACAUCUUGAAAACAUUGGGAUGGGCUACGGGCUUGUCAGCAGGUGAAUCAGAUUGGAGUUUGGACUUUGCUUUCUUUAAGGUUUCAAUUGAGCUUACGGAUGCCGGACAUGAGCACAUACAAGAUAUCAUAGGGUUGUUGUUCAAAUAUGUUGAACUUCUACAACAUUCUGGUGUUUGCGAAUGGAUAUUUGAAGAGCUUUCAGCUGUUUGUGAGACCAAAUUUCAUUAUCAAGACAAAAUUCCUCCAAUUGAUUAUGUUGUUCACAUUUCAUCAAAUAUGCAGUUAUAUCCUCCAAAAGAUUGGUUGAUAGGAUCAUCUUUGCCUACUAAGUUCAGCCCAAGUGUUAUCAAAAUGGUUCUAGAUCAGCUUUCUCCAAACAAUGUCAGAAUCUUUUGGGAGUCCAAAAAUUUUGAGGGGCAUACUGAUAGGGUGGAGCCAUGGUAUGGAACUAAUUAUUCCAUUGAAAAGAUUUCCAGCUCUGUGAUUCAGGAAUGGGUGCAUUCUUCUCCUGAUCAAAAUCUGCAUCUUCCGGCUCCCAAUGUAUUCAUUCCCACGGACUUGUCGCUCAAGCCUGUGCAAGAGAAAGUAAAAUUUCCAGUUUUGUUAAGCAGGUCAUCAUAUUCUGCCUUAUGGUACAAGCCAGAUACAUUGUUUUCCACUCCCAAGGCUUACGUAAAGAUUGACUUCAAUUGCCCGUAUGCUGGAAGCUCUCCUGAGGCUGAAGUUUUGACUCAUAUUUUUACACAAUUAUUGAUGGAUUAUCUGAAUGAAUAUGCUUAUUAUGCCCAGGUCGCCGGUUUAAAUUACGGUGUGAAUCACACAGAUAGUGGUUUCCAGGUGACUGUCCUUGGUUAUAAUCACAAGUUAAGGAUUUUACUUGAAACUAUAAUUGAAAAGAUUGCAACAUUCAGAGUGCAAACUGACAGGUUCUCAGUUAUUAAGGAAAUGGUAACCAAAGAGUACCAGAAUUCCAAGUAUCAACAACCAUAUCAACAAGCUAUGUACUAUUGCUCGUUGAUACUUCAAGAUCAGACCUGGCCUUGGAUGGAACAGCUAGAAGUGCUUCCACUUCUUCAGCCUGAAGAUCUUUCAAAAUUUGUACCAGCUAUGCUCUCAAGAUCCUUUUUGGAGUUCUAUGUAGCAGGAAAUAUUGAAGGUAAUGAAGCGGAGUUAAUGGUUAGACACAUAGAAGAUGUUCUCUUUAAGUGUUCAAAACCUUUGUGCCAGCCUUUAUUUCCAUCUCAGCAUGUAACAAAUCGGGUUGUUAAGCUUGAAAGUGGCACGAGUUACUUCUACCCAUCAGAAUGUCUUAAUCCUAAUGAUGAGAAUUCUGCUCUUGUGCAUUAUAUACAGGUUGGUCGAGAUGACUUCAAGCUGAAUGUUAAACUUCAGCUUUUUGCCCUUGUUGCAAAGCAAGCAGCCUUCCAUCAGCUUCGAUCAGUUGAGCAGCUAGGGUACAUUACUGUGCUCAUGCAAAGGAAUGAUUGCGGUAUACGUGGGCUGCAGUUUAUUAUUCAAUCCACAGUAAAGGGUCCUGGAAAUAUCGAUCAAAGAGUUGAGGCAUUUCUGAAUAUGUUCGAGGCCAAACUACUUGAGAUGACAGCUGAUGACUUUAAGAGCAACGUAAAUGCAUUGAUAGAUAUGAAACUAGAAAAACACAAAAACUUGAGGGAAGAAUCAGCAUUCUUCUGGCGAGAGAUUACUGAUGGAACUCUGAGGUUUGAUAGGAAAGACUUUGAGGUUGAAGCAUUAAGACAGCUUACUCUUCAAGAGUUGAUAGACUUCUUCAAUGAAUAUGUCAAAGUUGGUGCACCUCAAAAGAAGACUUUGAGUAUAAGAGUUUAUGGGAACCUCCAUUCCGAUGAUUACGAAGCAGAGACUUCUCAACCAGACUCAGCUAAAAUAGAAAAUGUUUUCAGUUUUAGGAAAUCUCAGUCUCUUUAUGGCUCUUUCAAAGGGCUUUCUGGGCAGAUGAAAUUGUAGGGAUGCUUUUUCUCACCCCAUAUCUUUACUACCUAUAAAGAAAGAACACUCAUAGUGACUUAAGUUAUCUCAUUCAUUUUCGUAAAAUGAUUCCCUCGUUUCACCGAAAGGUUAGUUUGCACUUUGCACAAGUGCGAUUUAUCAAGCUUCACAUCACCAUAAAGGUUUUUGUAGACUUCACAUCACCAUAAAGAUAUGAUUACCAUUUAUUGACUUAUGUAAUCAAUUGUCAUAUAAUGAUGAGUUACCCCUUUUUUUUUUGGUUACUUCAUCGAGUUGUAUAACAAUAAUUGGAUAAUAGGAGAUGAUGCCUGAAAUUUGGGUA